CCCUCAAACACUUUCAUUUCAUCCAAAUCAAUAUCUAAUCUAAACCAAAAAAAUGGCAUUUAUUUCUUCUCUCUCUCUCCUCUGUUUCCUAGCCAUCCUGAGCUUGGCCCAAGCCCAAUCUGAGCUUAUGCUUACUGUUGUCAACAACUGCCCAUUCACAAUCUGGCCAGCUAUCCUACCCAACCAUGGCUUCCCAGUCCUUGAAAAAGGUGGUUUCCCCCUCUCCUCCCUAACCCACCGCUCCUUCCCAGUCCCAAACACUCACUGGGCUGGCCGUAUUUGGGGCAGAACUGGGUGCACCUACGCUAACGGACGUUUCAGUUGCGCAACCGGAGACUGUGGUAGCCGCCUAGAAUGCAAUGGGCUAGGUGGGCAGAUCCCCGCCACACUAGCCCAGUUCAGCAUCCACCACGGCAACAGGGAUCACUCCGCUUACGGAGUGAGCCUUGUUGACGGGUUCAACCUGCCCAUGACCAACCCCCACGAAGGCAAGGGAGUUUGCCCUGUGGUGGGGUGCAAGAAGAACUUGCUAGAAGGGUGCCCUGAACAACUUCAGUUCAGAGGCCCACAUGGUAAUGGGCCGGUUGUGGGCUGCAAGAGUGGAUGUGCAGCCUUUAACACUGACCAACUUUGUUGUAGGAAUCAGUAUAACAGCCCAAAAACAUGUCACGCGUCAUCUUACUCAGAGUACUUCAAGCAUGGUUGUCCUGCUUCCUUUACUUAUGCUCAUGACACUUCGCUCAUGCAUGACUGUGCUGCCCCACGUGAGCUCAAAGUCAUUUUCUGUCAUUAGAAGAGAGGAUUAACAAAUAAUUAAGAAUAUUUGGGAAUUAGUAGUAAUUUAAAUCUUGCUACUUUUUUCUUUCUUUAUUUCUCAGUUUCUUGUAUGUCUAAUUUGCUCUCUAAAUGAAGAAUCAAUGGACAAAUGAAAGUCUUUUGCUUUGAAAUUAUAGUCUUAUUUUGUGUUAUUAUUUCCUCAGUUUUUUUCUUGGUUAAGUUGUUUGUAUGUGUGUUAAUGUGUAGUUUAGCCAGCUAAUAAGAAUGCUCACUUUUGUUACGUGGUGAUAGUGAUGUGUAAUUUUAGUCCUAAUUACCUUGGCUUGUAAACUUGUACUUUUGUA